AUGUCCAGAGUCGAGGCUUUUGAGGAUCCUGACCCCCGUUCCCAGCUCAAGGAAUUCCGCACAGACAUCUCCAUGGCGAUUGAUGAUCCCUUCCCACUGCUCUAUGGGUUGGUGGACCGCAACAUCAUCAGUGACCAAAUUCUGAAGGAUACCCUGGAUAGGGAGGGCAGAGAGGGGAUCCACAAGGCCAUGUACUCCCUGCUUUCCUGGCUCCUGGAGCAGAGUAGGACCACCAUCCAGGCCUUCUGGACCAACCUGGCCAAGGACUACAACCAGGACAGCUACCCCAGACUGCAGGCCCUCCUGACCAGCAUUCAACCAGGUAGGGAGAAGGUGGGCUCCAAGCAGGGGAAGAGGUCCCCACGAGGGUCUCGAGAGUCCCACAGCAGGAAGAGGAGCCUGGGAGAGAGACAUCACCCUCACCACUCUCAGCACCACAGCAAAAGUGGCAAAGUGAAGUCAGUGAGGAAGAGUGAAGGCGCUGCAGUGGUCUCUCAGAUACCUGCUGGAAAGGGUGUCCAGGCGGUGUCCACCUCGGUCCAGAGGGCAGUCACUCUGUCGUCCAGUGAGCUGCCGGUCAGUUGCGGGGCCAGAGAGGAGAUCCUCAUCAAACAGGUGUUUGGAUCUGGAAGUGCCAAAAAGUGUAUUAAAGUGGGUGGUGAGUAUUACACCUCUGGGCCAUUGGAUGAGCUGACUGGAGGACACAAGACAAAGACUGCGAAGACUAAAUACCACCACAAGGAGGAGUCCAGCACAAGGGCCCAGCGUAAUGAUGAUGAGUGUGCAGUGUGUAAAGAUGGAGGUGAGCUCAUCUGUUGUGAUGGCUGUCCCAGGGCAUACCACCUGACCUGCUUAGACCCUCCCCUCACCACAAUACCAAGUGGCACUUGGCGCUGUCAAUCAUGCCGUUGCAACAAGGUGAGGAGGGAGAGAAUCUACCCAGUACUACCUAGCCAGUUGACAGAGACCAGCUCCAGUAACUCCACCAUAGACUUCUCCUUCUUCUCCACCUCUCUCUCCAGCGUCACCGCAACCAAGAGCAGUCAGGUCUCUGCAUAUCAGUGUGCAGGUGGCGAGGUGGUGGAGGUCAGGGAGAUGUGUGGGGUUUGCCUCCUCAGUGGAGGAGACCUGACCCUCUGUCUCCAGUGCCUACAGAAGUAUCACACCUACUGCCACUUCCCAAAUGGGAGGUCCAUCUGCUCCUCCUGCAGUAGGCCUUGGGGCAUCUCAACAGACAGAGAAGCGGAAUCCAAGGGCUUACAGGUUGGUCCAACUCCACACACUCAGGAGUACUCCUCUCUCUCAGAGCCCAUCCUACACAAGGAUGAACUAGACUCCAUCAUGGGAGAGGGCUCCAUAGAUGGGAUCCUGCAGUGGGCUUUCCAUAACAUCUCCAGGCCUCUCUCGGACACUCAGGGCUACUUUCAAUGACGCACACACACACACACACACACACACACACACACACACACACACACACACAUAACAAGCUCAAAACACAUGUUAUGAUCUCACACAAACACACUCCCUCUUUCUUUUUAUCUCUCUGUCUCUCUGUUUCUCUGUCUCUCUGUUUCUCUGUAUCUCUCCCAUUCUUAAAGGAAGGAUCCACAGUCCAAUAUAACAGAUGGUUUCAUUUAUAUAGCUACAGACAUUGAGAAUGCCUCAGACCUAGAAUUUCUUGAAGACCUUCACUUAGCUCAGGAAUGUUGUUUUUGUACAUGUUCAGGAGUUUAGCAUAACUCCACGAUGGAUGCGGUGCAAUGGGCGUUAAUUCUCGAUGGCACAUGAAAUAAACACUCUGUACUUGGAGACUCCUAGCGGCAGCUCGCUUCAUGCUGGUCUUCAUGCCUGACUAGACAGCCUGGUCUCAUAGACUAGAUGUAACAUAGUAAAUCCGGGACACUCAAAUUAG